AUGCUUCCAUUUGCGCGAGUGGGAUGCACUUCUGCGGGACUGAGGAGGACGAGAGGAGUCUUCUAUGGCAAAUUCCGUCGCUCAUUCGCAGACAUGAAACGGCCGUCAAUAGCGCCCAAGCCAACGCUUGACAUCAAACACAUACGAGAGAAUGCAAACCUCCACGCAGAAAACUGUCGCAACAGGAACUACGGAGCUCACAGUGAGAAUCCGGCACGCAUCGCAGCAAUAUUUAAGCAGUGGCAGGAUCAUCAGCGCUCAUCGCGUUCGUUGAGGGAGCGAUCCAACCAAGUUCGACGGUGCAUCGCGAACCCCACGGUUCGCGACGCUGAAGGUACUGCCAAUGAUAUCUCCUCGCUCACAAAGGACCAACUGCUCGAAGAGGCGCGCAGACUGAAGAAGGAGCUUUCCGGCGUUGAAAAGCUAGAGGCACGUCUGGUCGAGGAAAUGGAAACGCUUGCUUCGACAGUUCCGAACCUAUCGAGCCCCGAGUCUCCUGUUGGCGAAGAGCCAACUCUCCUCAGCCAGAUCAAUGAGCAGCACCUCGAGAAGGCCUCCUCAUCGGACCGAGUUUGGCGCUCCCACGUCCACAUUGGUGCGGAGCUGGGCAUUCUCGACUUUGCCAGCGCCAGCAGCACGUCAGGCUGGGGGUUCUACUACCUACUGGACGAAGCCGCCCAGCUCGAACAGGCCCUCGUACAGUACGCGCUGGCAGUAGCCGUCCGCCACGGCUGGCGCCAGGUCGCCCCCCCUUCCAUGGUGUACAGCCACAUUGCCAAUGCAUGCGGUUACCAGCCUCGCGACCAGAACGAUGAACAGCAGAUCUAUUCGAUCGCGCGCCCGGCCGAAGAUGUCGAACGCGACAAGCCCGAGCUUGUACUCGCGGGCACGUCAGAGAUUCCUCUCGCAGGGAUGAAAGCCAAUUCGACCGUGAGCGAGUCUGAUCUUCCCGCCAAGCGCGUUGCCGUCUCGCGAUGCUACCGCGCCGAGGCGGGUGCCCGUGGUGCGAGCACCAAAGGCUUGUACAGAGUGCACGAGUUCACCAAGGUGGAGCUGUUUGCCUGGACGCCGCCUAACUUCGACGACACAACUGAAAUUUUCGACGAGAUGCUGGACAUGCAGACGGAGCUGCUGGAAUCUCUCGGCCUCAGCUGCCGCGUCCUGGAGAUGCCCACGACCGAACUCGGGGCUUCCGCGUUUCGUAAAAUUGACAUCGAGGCCUUCUUCCCCUCGCGCCAGGAGCAGCAAGGUGGUUGGGGUGAGGUGACGUCUGCUAGCAUCUGUACAGACUACCAGACGAGGAGGUUAGCCACCCGUGCCCGGAUAGACGGCCAAUUGACGUUCCCUUGGACUGUCAACGGGACGGCUCUUGCAGUGCCAAGGGUGCUGGCCGCACUUUUGGAGAACGGGUGGAACGAAGAAGAAAAGACGGUUCAUAUUCCCGAAUGUCUGAGGCCGUGGAUGGAUGGCAAGACCGUCAUCACAUCGCACCGCAGCGGAUGA